AUGAGAAAGAGAAAGCCGACAAAAUCCGACCUUAAGCUACCACAUCAUUAUAGCGAGAUCAUCCAAAAGGAGAAGGCAGUGAAGCAGAGAGAUCCGGGCCAAUUCAUUAUCCGAUGCCGGAUUGGAGAGGGAAAGGUUGACAAGGCCCUAUGCGAUCUAGGAUCUUCCAUCAAUCUCAUGCCACUGAAGUACUACGAAAAGCUCAACAUUGGGCCACUCAAAACUUCAGACGUAACACUCAGGUUGGCCGAUAACUCGACCAUAAAAACUUUUGGUAUGAUUGAGGAUGUCUUAGUGAAAAUAGAUGAUUUCAUUUUUCCCGCCGAUUUUAUUGUGCUUGACAUGAAAGUAGACAAGAAUGUCCCUCUAAUCUUAGGGAUAGAUUUUCUCGCUACUUGCAAAGCUUUGAUUGAUGUAGGUCGUGGAGAGAUCACAAUUAGCGAUAACCAUAGCCAAUCCACCUAUAAGAUCGAAAGCGAGAUGCUCAAGUUUGAGGAAGCAAAGUAG